AUGGCUGGCCUAUUCAGCAAGCUCAAGGGGACAUCUGGAGCCCCGAGUCCAGGCGUAACGUCCACUUCCUACAAGAACAAGAAAGAUGUCGAACCAGAACCAGAAAUUACACCUCUGGUCAAGAUGCUGCAGCAUGCAGGACCUAUUCGUAAUGAUGGAAGUGACAAGUUCUUUGGAUUAGAGAAUUUUGGAAAUACAUGGUCAGAGUCAAAAGGCAGAUUUGUUGGCGCUUAG